AUGGUAGUUGUACUAGUGAUAAGACGUGAGGAUAAGGUACUUUGGAAGGCCUUAACAUUAAAUGGAACUAGGAAUAGUACGAAUCAAGCAACCAAGUACGGGAUUAAAUCGCACAACGUGCGAAUCGAAUUCGAAGCAGUCGCCGAAAGUGAUACGGUAACGCGACAAAAUACGGUGGCGGAACAUGGUGCAGACGCUGCAGCUCAUGUGGUGGUACAGUAUGACGAGGUAGUCGGACACAACGUGAGAAAUGGAACUGAUACGAUAAGUGCUGCCGUAAACGGACUUAACACGGUAACAGAACACGGCAAAGCGGCUGGACAGCAAGCUGUGAUCGGGCGUGAUAUGGCA